AUGUUUAAAUUGAUCACAUUCGCUAUCAAAAUACUUGUUUUGAUUAAAUUAUGCUAAGGGAGUGUAAUAAAUACAAAACAAGUAACUAUUUAUUCAAAUACUGAAAUGAUUAUUGACUCUUUUGAUGGAGUGCUAGUAGAUUCCAAAUUUACUUUUAAUUAAGAUUUCCAACUCUCAAAUCCUUGUAGUACAUUACCAUAAACGAUUAAUGUGACUCCGUACAACAAAAACAUCACAUAAAUAAUAAAUUAGGCUUUUGAGGAAAAUUUUGUGGACGGACAGUAAAAGAGCUCAACACCUAAAUUAAUCGGAAUUGGGAAGGUGGGAUUAGGAAUAAUUGUGUUGAGUAAAUAAGGUGUUUUAAUAUUUUAUACUUAAGAAAAUAACAAGUAUGAUAUAAGAUCAUUAUAGCAGUACUAAGAAUUAGAUGGAAUUGAAAAAGCAUUUAUAGAGUUUUUAGAAGACUAAAUAGUGAUUUUAAGUGAUAGGGAUGCGUGGAUUCUCAAACCUAAUUUUAGUUAGGAUAAUAUAUUUGAAAAUUCUCAUCUCGACAAAGUUCACAUGUAAGUUGGUCUUGGUAAUAUUCAUAAAUUACACGCAAUAUAAAACUAUUUGUUUCUCACCUUUCUUAAUUAGGGAUUCGGAAUUUAUAGACUGGAAAAUGCUCAAUUAUAGAUUCUACAAAAAGUAGAACUCAAACCUAUAAUUGAUUCCUUGGUAGUUGUAUAAGAGGAUAAAAUAAAUGUAUUAAUUUUAGAUCACGAAGUUGGUAUUCAUUUUUAUGUGUACAAUAAAACCAAUAAUGAGAUGCACAAAAAUUAGAACAUAAAUACAUUUAAGAUCAAUUGUAAUUUCUUUGAGUACGUGCAAUCUAAUUUGUUUAUACUGACAACUCAAGACAAUCCAAAUUUAAAUACCUUAUCAAUAUAUAGUCUCGACUUUUAAAACCCUUCUUUAAAUCUCAAAUAUUCUAAGCUAAUCGAAGGAGAAGUGCAAGGCAUUGAAAUAAUUACAGAUCACUUCAUCGUUUAUAAUCGAAGCUAAAUUACAGUGUUUUAUGGUAAUUUAGGAUAAAUUAUUAAACUUGAUAGCACAAAUUUCCUGAUACCUGGAUCUAAGUAAUUAAUUUUCAAAAAGAAUGAAUAAAAAUAAAAUCAAAUUGUAGGUAUCACAAAUAAUGAGUUUUUUGCACUUGAUGUUUCUAUCUCGAAAAUUCAUCUUUAAUGUUAUGUUACUCAAGAUUAUCCAGAUGAAUUUUCAUUCAAUUAUGAAUUAUCAACUGUUUUACCUACAGAAAAUAACUCAAUAAAGUAUGAUAUUUUUGUAAUUUUCCCAUUAAAAAGAUUGCAAAAAAUGAAUUGGAUUCUUACAGUUAUUUUGAUUAUUUUUUGUCUCAGCAUAACUAUCUUAAUUGUUUUGUUGUUGAAUUGGUACAAAUACUCAAAGAUUACGAAUCAAACAGGUGGUCAAUUUCAAGAAUUCGGAAUAGAUACUCUAAAGACAACUAAAAGAGUAGAACCAUAGGUAAAAGGAAAUGAGGAAACGGAUAAAAAUGUGCAAUGUUGUGAUGUCAUUUAGACUUGUCUUCCAGCUAGUCGACACCCUAUUAUCCAGAAUGAACAUUCACACUGA